AUGCAAUACCCACAACUCUGUCGCCUCCACCACAAGGAUGCACUCUGCCUUUUUGGCAAGCCCAGCAAGCGACAAAGGUAUGGACCCCUCUCGACAGGGAGGGGGAUAGAGGAACCACCCAAAGACACUCUCGGCGGCUUUGUAUGCGGCAGCGACACCAUCUCCAGCCGGGACCUAAACGUGACGGACGAGGGCGAGUGCGGUCAUGGGGUGCAUAGGCAAGGUACCGGUGAUGAUGCGGCGAUGGCUGCAUGGGAGGCACACCACCGGCGACUGCAGGAGUCUCAUGAUAGGCGGCGGAGGGCCCUGGGAAAUCCUUUGGCACGCCCAGCCCUCACAGCUCCGCGCGGGCCUCGCCUGGCCCAAAGGCAGGAACAGAGACGGAGAGCUCGGGCGGAAGUGCAGCAAUGGAGUCCAGCGGGGACCCAGCCCUCGAGGCAGGAGGGGGGGCAGCAGAACUGGCUGUUGGGGGAGGCCCAGAAGCCACAAGCAAGGGAGCAGCAAGUGCGGCCGGCGGGAGGGCAGCAGGAGCUGCCGGCAAGAGGGGAGCAGGAGCUACCGGCGAGAGGGCAGCAAGAGCCGCAGGCAAGAGGGCAGCAGGCGCAGUCGGCAGGCGAGCAGCAGGUACUGUCGAAGGGAGAGCAGCAGGAGCGGCCGGCGGGAGGGCAGCUGGAGCUGCCGGCGGGGGGGCAGCAGGAGCUGCAGGCAGGAGGGCAGCGGGAGGUGCCAGCGGGAGGGCAGCAGGAGGUGCCAGCGGGAGGGCAGCAGGAGGUGCCAGCGGGAGGGCAGCAGGAGGUGCCAGCGGGAGGGCAGCAGGAGGCGCCGGCGAGAGGGCAGCAAGAGGUGCCGGCGAGAGGGCAGCAGGAGGUGCCGGCGAGAGGGCAGCAGGAGGUGCCGGCGAGAGGGCAGCAGGAGCUAUCGGCUGGGGGGCAGCAAAUGGUAGAAGUGGAGAUGGCCGAGCUACAGCCAGAGGUGCAGCAGGACCACUCGGGGAACCGGGCCCGGCCACACGCAGGAGGGCAGCACGAGCCGCCCGGGGGAGAGCAGCGUGAGCUGCCAAGGGAAGAGCAGCAGGAGCUGCCGGCAAGGGAGCAGCAAGCAAGGGAGCAGCAAGCGGUAGAAGUGGAGAUGGCCGAGCUACAGCCAGAGUCACAGCAGGACCAAUCGGGAAACCAGGCCUGGCCACAGGCAGGAGGGCAGCAGGGGCCGCCCGGGGGAGAGCAGCUUGAGCUGCCAAGGGAAGAGCAGCAGAAGCCGCCGGGGGUGGGGCAGCUGCCGGCAAGGGAGCAGCAAGCGGUGGAUGUGGAGAUGGCCGAGCUACUGCCAGAGGUGCAGCAGGACCAAUCAGGGAACCAGGUCCGGCUGCAGGCAGGAGGGCAGCAGGAGCUGCCGAGGGAGGAGCGGCAAGAGCUGCCAACAAGAGGGCAGCUGGGGCUGUCGGGGGGAGGGCAGCAGGAGCUGUCGGAGGGGGAGCGGCGGGAGCUGCCGGCGCGGGGGCAGCUGGAGGUCGCUAGUGCGGACUCUACAAGCCAAGCGAAGAGAACCCGGGCACGGGGCCGAGGCGGGAGACGACACACCCGUAAGACGCAAGGCCGAACUGGAAGCGGAGCUGCCGCCCAGCAGGCGGAGGGGCAGCCGGGGGCGACCGAGACACCCCCGGGAGCUCCGCGGGUGGGGGGGCAGCCCUGGGUGCCCGGGGCGCCCCAAGGAGAGCAGCAGCCAGGGGGGCAGCCGGGGGUGCCCGGGGCACCCCAGGGAGUGCAGCAGGCAGGGGGGCAGCCGGGGGUGCCUGGGGCACCCCAGGAAGUGCUGCAGGCAGGGGGGCAGCCGAGGGUGCCCGGAGCACCCCAGGGAGUGCAGCAGGCAGGGGGGCAGCCGGGGGUGCCCGGGGCACCCCAGGGAGUGCAGCAGGCAGGGGGGCAGCCGGGGGUGCCCGGGGCUCCCCAGGGAGUGCAGCAGGCAGGAGGGCAGCUGAGGGUGCCCGGGGCACCCCAGGGAGCGCAGCAGGCAGGAGGGCAGCCGAGGGUGCCCCGGGCACCCCAGGGAGUGCAGCAGGCAGGAGGGCAGCCGAGAUUGCCCGGGGCACCCCAGGGAGUGCAGCAGGCAGGAGGGCAGCAGGGGGUGCCCGGGGCACCCCAGGGAGUGCAGCAGGCAGGAGGGCAGCCGAGGGUACCCGGAGCACCCCAGGGAGGGCAGCAGGCAGGGGGGCAGCCGAGGGUGCCCGGGGCACCCCAGGGAGUGCAGCAGGCAGGGGGGCAGCCGGGGGUGCCCGGGGCUCCCCAGAGAGUGCAGCAGGCAGGAGGGCAGCUGAGGGUGCCCGGGGCACCCCAGGGAGCGCAGCAGGCAGGAGGGCAGCCGAGGGUGCUCGGGGCACCCCAGGGAGUACAGCAGGCAGGAGGGCAGCCGAGGGUGCCCUGGGCACCCCAGGGAGUGCAGCAGGCAGGAGGGCAGCAGGGGGUGCCCGGGGCACCCCAGGGAGUGCAGCAGGCAGGAGGGCAGCCGAGGGUACCCGGAGCACCCCAGGGAGUGCAGCAGGCAGGAGGGCAGCCGAGGGUGCCCGGGGCACCCCAGGGAGUGCAGCAGGCAGGGGGGCAGCUGGGGGUGCCCGGGGCACCCCAGGGAGUGCAGCAGGCAGGAGGGCAGCCGAGGGUGUCCGGGGCACCCCAGGGAGCGCAGCAGGCAGGAGGGCAGCCGGGGGUGCCCGGGGCACCCCAGGGAGUGCAGCAGGCAGGGGGGCAGCCGGGGGUGCCCGGGGCACCCCAGGGAGUGCAGCAGGCAGGGGGGCAGCCGGGGGUGCCCGGGGCGCCCCAGGGAGUGCAGCAGGCAGGAGGGCAGCCGAGGGUGCCUGGGGCACCCCAGGGAGUGCAGCAGGCAGGAAGGCAGCCGAGGGUGCCCGGGGCACCCCAGGGAGUGCAGCAGGCAGGAGGGCAGCCGGGGGUGCCCGGGGCACCCCAGGGAGUGCAGCAGGCAGGGGGGCAACCGGGGGUGCCCGGGGCACCCCAGGGGGUGCAGCAGGCAGGGGGGCAGCCGGGAGUGCCCGGAGCACCCCAGGGAGUGCAGCAGGCAGGAGGGCAGCCGAGGGUGCCCGGGGCACCCCAGGGAGUGCAGCGGGCAGGUGGGGAGCCAGGGGUGCCCGGAGCACCCUACGGAGUGCAGCAAGCAGGAGGGCAGCCGGGGGUGCCCGGGGCAUCCCAGGGAGUGCAGCAGGCAGGAGGGCAGCCGAGGGUGCCCGGGGCACCCCAGGGAGUGCAGCAGGCAGGAGGGCAGCUGAGGGUGCCCGGGGCACCCCAGGGAGUGCAGCAGGUAGGAGGGCAACCGAGGAUGCCUGGAGCACCCCAGGGAGAGCAGCAGGCUGGGGGGCAGCCGGGGGUGACCGGAGCACCCCAGGGGGAGCAGCAGCUAGGGGGGCAGCCGGGGGUGACCCGAGCACCCCAGGGCGAGCAGCAGGCAGGGGAGCAGCCGGGGGUGACCGGAGCACCCCAGGGAGUGCAGCAGGCAGGAGGGCAGCCGAUGGUGCCUGGGGAACCCCAGGGAGUGCAUCAGGCAAGAGGGCAGGGAGUACAGCAGGCAAGAGGGCAGCCGAGGGUGCCCAGAGCACCCCAGGGAGAGCAGCAGGCAGGGGGGCAGCCGGGGGUGACCGGGGCACCCCAGGGAGCGCAGCAGCCAGGGGGGCAGCCGAGGGUGCCCUGGGCACCCCAAGGAGCGCAGCAAGCAGGGGGGAGAUCGAUGGACGACCAGGAGCAACACUUGGAGGAGUGGUGUCGACUUCUGGAGCUUGAUACCCCCAUGGCGACUGCGGAGGAGUCAGAGGCGGACGAAGAACCUCCCAUGCCGCCUUCCCCAUUGCCCCGCUUCCCGUGCGACACGUGUUUCCACAAUUUCGCUACGCGGGGGGCCACUGCGAACCACAUGAGGGUAUGCCGAGCGGCUGAGGCGGAGAGGCGUGCACAGGCUCUCGGCUCAAUUCCGUCUCUGGUGGAGACCGACACGCAGGAGCGAUCGACGCCGCGGGAAUUCGGGGACGAGGCGUGGGCUGGGGUCCCCGAGCGGGCUCGGCCGUGGCUCGCCGCAUCCAACCUAGUCGGGCUUUCCAAGCCUAACGGCGAUGUCCGGCCGGUGGCGAUCGGGGAGCUGGGAGCAGGCACCAGGGUCGGGGCGGAGAUUCUCACUCAUUCUUUCUGGUCAGCGCUGGCCACUCACCCCGACUGGUGUGCGCUACAGAUAGACGUCGCAAAUGCCUUCAAUUCGUUUCACCGUCAUGUGAUGUUCGAUGGGCUGCGGGAGUCGCCUUUCUCAGGGAUGAUCCCAUUCUUGCGUGUCUUUUAUGGGACACCUAGCGACCUGUACCUCCGAGCGGGCCCUUUCGUACAGAGCCUCGAGUCAGCACGGGGAUCGAGGCAGAGGGACUCGCUCGGCCCUUUUCUUUUCGCGUUCACGCAGCAGCAGGUGAUGGAGCCGGUUACUAGGGAGUUCAAGGACCUGCUUUUCCUCAGCUAUGCAGACGAUACCUAUAUUUUGGGGCCAGCGGCUAGGAUUCUAGAGGCUUUUGGGGUGCUGCGGGAGCGGUUGGAGUGUGUAGGGCUGGAGGUGCAGGCGCACAAGUGCCGGUUUUGGGAGCGCGAGGGCAAGGAGGUGGAGCGGGCACUGCCAUUGGGGAUGCAGCGGGUGGAUGAGGGUCUUACUGUGGUGGGCGUGCCUAUUGGAGAGGAGGUUUGGGAGGUGGUCCGGCUACGGGAGCGGCUUCAACAGUUGCAGGCGCCACAGCCAUGGCUCCCCUUGCUCGACCACCCCCAGAUGGCUUCACACCUCCUCGCCAUUGCAGUUUCAGCGCGGCCGAUGUACCUCGCCCGGACUAUGCCGCCGCGUCCGGAGGUGGUUGAGGCUUUUAGGGAUCGGGACAGCUGUUUAGAGGAUUGCUUUGAGCAGCUUUUCCCACAUGGCACUUGGGAGCAGGACCCCGACCGGUCUAGGCGCGCACGCAUGCAGCUGCAUCUCCCUGUGCGUCUCGGUGGGUUCGGGAUCCGGGCGGCGGCCUCUUUGAGCCCACUGUCCUAUGUUUGCGGGUGGGCGCAGGCCGCGCGGGACAUUGCACAGUUAGGGGUGGCGGGUGAGGAGGCGAUGUUUGCUGAGUACCUCACCACUUCGACAGGGGCAGAGUUUCUUGACCCGUGGUUUGUCAAGGCUCUCGAGCAGCUGCCAGCGACUAUCCGCCACGAGAUACCAGGCUUACCUCUGUGUGUAGCGGCCCCUCCUGUUCGGCUUUUCUAG